AUUCUGCAAAAGAAAAUUUUCAAAGCAAAGGACUAUCCAAGAGGAGAAUCUGUGCAACUAUCUAUGCUCGAACCUCUGUUGGAAAAGAACUUGAAGUUGGCAUCAAAACCAUUUAAGAAAAAGAAAUCUGUUGCCAAUCCAUCAAAGAAGAAGCAAUCAGCCUCUUGGAAUCGACACAAGAUAAUAACAUCCCUAGCUCAGAAUUCAACAUUUUGGAUUCUGAAGAUCAUUGAUUCAAGAAAGUUUCCUGAAUCUGAGUUGCAGAAGGUUUUUGAUAUUUUCCGUGGUGCUUUGGCAGCGUUUUUUGAAAGUAAAAAGUCUCAAAUGAAGGCAGAGUUUUUGAAAGACAUAUUUAGAAGAAGACCGUGGAUUGGUCAUCAUCUCUUUGAAUUCCUUUUGGAGAAAUGUUGCUGUUCAAAAUCAGAGUUUCGGAGAGUUGAAGCGCUUGACUUGGUGAUUGAAAUACUCAAAUCACUCAUCUCUGUUAGUACUGAUGAAAGUGGACGGGCUGUAUCAAAGAAAACUUUGAACAGUCAUCUUCCCAAACUGUGUCAUUUGAUAAAAGAGUUGGUUACAAAUAUGCCAGAAAAACAGGCUAGACGGGCUGAAGUGCGUAAGUUCUGCAGCAAAGUCUUCCAGAUUAUAACAAGUCUUAACCUGUCUAAAUCAUUUCUUAAAUCUUUGGAAUCAGAUGCACAUGCCACUUGUGCAUCGCAACUUGGUGAGGUGUUUCUUGCUUUGAAGAAGCGUUAACAGGCUUAGCCAAGGGGGUUGAGGUUAAAUUCAUUUGAAUUAUUGGAAAUAAAAUUCAAUUUCCAAUGACACUGCUGCAAGGCAGAGGUCAGCAAGAUACCAAUAAGGGUUUUCGACUUUCAUCUCAAAGAGAAUUCUUACUUGCAGAAACACUUCUGGGCAUGCCCUCUGACGGCUGCUCUAAUGCUGCACCUGUGAUCUUCAAUGGUUCCAGAUUUCUCUACAAGAAAUUAUCUUGGUAAGUUAUUAUAUUGACACCUUUAUCGUUAUUCUAGCAGGGUGUUUAUACAGGAAGAGUUUCGUCAUAGUUGGUGCAUUUCGUGUUUUGUAAUUUAUUUUGGCUUUUUGAAUUGGUAACGAUUGAUCAUCGUGUAGCUUUUGGACUCCGAAUCCAACAAAAAGAAAAAGAAAAAAGAUGUUAAUGUAGCUUUUGCUUGUUACCGAGCAUUGUAGCAUGCUGUAGUCUUCUUGUUGAUGAUCAAAAGUAGUCUGUGUACUUUUUUGGUGACUUGUGAGAUUAGGUCUGGACAUUUUCUAUGGCAACUUUUAUCAGAGAUAUAAGUUCCCAUUUGGAGAUUUUUUAUGAA